CAAGUUCCACUAAGGUCAACAUUAACUGUCGUCUGUGACCAGUCCGCUGCUAUCCGUUCGUGAAGUCAUACAUCGAGCGCAAGAGGCUAUCAAAUUAAAAUGAAGACUACAGCUAUUUUAUUUAUCGUAUUUCUCGCGUGUAUCAGCGUGACCUAUGGGAAAGAUUUGAUUACGGGAACUAGUUUUAAUGGCAGAUUAAUUUGGCAAGAAAAAGUCGAAUACAAUGCUAUUCCGUUAAAGAAGAGAGUCAAGGAAGUUUUCUUCUCGGAUCCAGGACAACAACUUAUUAAGGGCAUUAUAGCCAGGGAUCUGGACCACACUGAGGGCUAUGCUACUAUAACAGCCGGAGGUGUAGGAUUCUCAUACGCGAAUAUUAGAUUAAAGAGCGAAAGAGGAUCUGGCCUUAACUACCAAGUAGAAGUUUAUGUGUAAUUUAUAAAUAAUAUCCAAAUAUAAUUGUUAAAUUAAAAUACAUGUUUCAAUAAAUUCGAUUUACUUUAA